AACGCCGCUUCUUUCACGUCAGCUCUCUUCUGUGGGCGAGCCAUUUGAGUCUGUGGCGCUUGCUGUGUAUAUAGGCUUGAUUAGAACUGCGUCGCUGUCGGCCCACGCUCCUGGAGUUCCCAUGGCCUCCAGGACUUAUUGGAAGAUCGCCGCUGGCGGGAUCGGGGUCUUGUUUAUCGUCAUCUUGCAAUGUUUCAUAGCUGACCCCGUGCGGCCGGGUGAUUGGCGUAGGCACAGCGUUGACGAAAACCCGCUGUUCGAGGAACUGGCGCACUUCGCCAUCUCAAGACAGGUCCGCGACCGGGAGUACUUCGACACCGUGCUCGAACUCGUCGAUGUCGAGAGCCAGGGGGACGCUACAAUCUACCGAAUCAAGUUCAAGACCACCGAGUCAACAUGCGGGAUAACGGAGACUUACAGCAAAAGGCUUUGCCUUCCUCGGUCGAGAGGCGUGAUCAAGGAUACGUGUACUGCAGUCUUCUUCAUCUUUCCGUGGUUGAAUAAUGAACGAUCGCUGUACUCUUUCAGCUGCGAAGGAAACAGCGUUUCCGCGUAGAUAAAUAAAGGUUCCACAUCUUGAGAGUACAGCUGUGAUCACCCUUCUAGGAUCCGCUGUUUCUGUGCGUUCAGUCUGAAGUGUAUACAAUAAACUGCCGUCAAGCCAAUCUUU